AUGUUAAAAAAAAAGCGUGAUAAAGAGAAACACACCUUUGAAUGCAUCGAAAUGGAUGAUAUAAAAAAGAUGCAAGGAAAAGAUGAAAUAGAUAAAAAGAAUGAGAACGAGAAUUCUGAAGAUGAAAAUAUUAGUCUUGAUGAUUUGAGUGAAUAUUCUCCAAGCAAAUUAAGCAAUCAUUCAGUAAUGGCAGAAGAAGUAGAUGAAAAAAAGGAGAAGGAAGAAGAAGAAGAAGAAAAAAUAAUUCACUCUAAAUUGUAUGAAAGUAUGAAUAACACAAAUAAUGAUUUAGAAAAGAAAGAAACCAACUGGUUCGAUGAUAUGGAUGAAAAUGAUGAAGCCGAUGACUUGGAUGAUGAAAAUGGAAAUUCUGCAAAAUUUGUUGAAAAAUUCCCUAAUUUGUUGUUAAUGAGAGAUGCAAAUCAAAAGGAAGAAAUAUCUCUCGAGAGUAACAGAAGUGGCGAAAAUGGGAACCCACAAAGUAACAUGAACAGUAACGUAACUAAUAAUGUUCAUGAAAUUGUGGUAAAUAAAUACUCUCACAGUGAAAAACAAAAAAUUCAAUCAUCAAAUUACCUGACUUGUUCAGGCAAAAAUAUAAAUUCUGAAAAACAACAACAACCACCUGAUAAGAAGAACACGGUUGAAAAUAAAGAAAUAUACAACGAAAAGGAAAAUAUGUACAGUCUCUCGUUUCCACUGGAAAAAGAAACAUGUACAGACAUAGAGAAAGAAAAAGCAUAUCAUAAUAAAAGUUUUACGUAUAUACAAAAUGAAUGCACAUCCGAUAUGAUAACUGAGAUAAGCAAGCCAAAGUUUACCAUCCCAAAAGAAGAAGAUAUGGAAGAAGAAUCAACAAUAAGAGAACAAAUACAACGAGAACGAUUAUGUAGUAGGAAAGACAUCAGUGAUGGUGGUAGUAAUAUCAUCCACUUGAAUGGAAACAAUAAUUCUUAUCACACAGACAGGAGAAAAGAAGGACUCUUGCAAACAUCAUCACUUACAAAAAAAUAUCUAACAAUUAAAAACAGUUUUGAAAAAAACAAACAAAAUGACAACCAGGGUUAUGAAAAACAAACAGAUAAUGAAAAACUGGAUGGGGAACAAAUCAGUAGAACAAGCCCCAAUUGUAAUCAAACUUUUGAUGUAAAGAAUGAGAAGUAUUCUCUUUCGUCUCUUCAUCACAAUACUGUGAACAAUCAUAUUGAUGAACACCCAGGUCUUGGAGAUUUUUCUCCUCAAGGAAGGGCUAUCAAGUGGGUCCUUGCAUCUGAUAAAGAGAAAAAUCAGCUGCAUCUGGAGGGUAGUGCAGGUAGCUUGAAGAAAAUUAUUAACAGGAUAGAAGAAUCUGUUUAUGAAAAGAAGGUGAAGAAAAAGAAGAAAAGCCGCACAGCGGAUGGUGGUGGAAGUAACCAUGAGGAUGAAGACAGAUUUUGUGACAAAAAUGAAAGCAGGAUGAGUGAUAGUCUCGAAAAUAGUGAUGUAAAUUAUAGUGAUACAUCCAUCAACCAUGUGAAUAAUAAAAAUGCAAAUGCCUCUGCAACACAUUCACAGAAGCAUUUGAUGGAGAAGCCAUAUAUGAAAAGAAGUAUCAUUACUAAACAUCCACUUAAAAAAUACAGUUCUCUAAGUUACAGUAAUCAAAAUGUACCUUCAUCAGAAAAAGGUUCAAGUAAUAAUAAUAUAAAUUCUGUACCAAAUAAAAAGGCAUAUAGCACAAGUAAUAUAUGUGACGAAUACAUGGAGAAACAGCAAAACCAGUUGUUUCAAAUGCAUAAAUGUGAUAACGGAUUGAGAGAUUUAAAUCCUCAUACAAGCAUCCCCUAUGGAUCAGUUGAACAGGAGGAUUUGGAAAUUCAUGAGUUCCAAGGACAGAGAGAAAAUUUCCCGAUAACCACCAAGGUGAACUCUGACAGAAACACCCUCAAGCUAGAACAUCUAAAAGAGGGGGAGCAUCCGUGGAAUCAGUUGAAUCAGUUGAAUCAGUUGAAUCAGUGGAAUCAGUGGAAUAAGUGGAAGCAGGAGCAACAACAGCAGUUGCAGGAACUGUCACUGAGACGAGCUGAUCCAUGGAGAGGUGGAAAUAAUUUUGAUGAAACAGAAAACAAAGAACCCAUCGAUAGAAACAGAAGUGACCAUUUAUCGACGAAUAAAAAUGUCGAAACGUAUGUAAAUGAUAAAGCCGUGGUUAGCACAUGUGAAAAGCCAAACGAGCCAAUGUGCAUAAAUGAAUUUGUUUCGCCUUUGCACAAAUCGAAUACAUUGACCAGUUUGAAUAGAAAUUCGUCAAAGAAGAUAUUCAAGAAGAAGGAACUAGAAGAAGAUAAUAGACCCUUCAUGGAUGAUAUGCAUUUUGAAUUAAGCCCAAUUAAAAUAAACGAUGCUAAUCUUGAAAAAUGUUUUUAUGCCAUUUCUGAUAUUUGUAAUGUAGAAAAUGGAGAAUAUGGAGAAAAAGAGGAGGAGAAGAAGAAGAUGAAAAAUUGGGAUGGGCAUAGGACUACAUCUCUACCCAGUGAACCAAGUGAAUAUAGAUUUGAAGAAAGAAGAUGGAGCGAAGUACAGAAAUGGAGAAGCAGCAAUGUUUCUAUAAAUGAUGAUAAGCAUAUACAACAUGUCACUAAAUCAAGUGACGUAAAUUUAUAUGAAAAUAACUUCAUGAGUUUAGCACAAGAUCCAUCAGACCACAAUCAACAAUCCAAAAAUGUGCACAAAAUUUUCAGCAAAGAAUAUGAAUCCUUGGGUAAAUUACGACACAAUCAUGUGGAAGAAGCAGAAGGAGAAGAAGAACAAGGAGAAGAAGGGAGGGCUGAGUACAAUGAUGAGAACCAACAAGAUAGACCACACAUCAGCGUGACAAGGAUUGGGAGUUCCCAGUGUAGGAGAAUUGGAGAAAAAGUGGAACCAAAAAAGGAUGAAUCGGUUGACCAUUCAGAACAUCCAACUUCAGUGAAAGAAGGAGAAGAGACAAAAGAUAUAAACAUAUCAGAAACCAACAAAAUAAAGAGAAGAAUAAUUGACUGUAGAAAUGAAAGACUAAAAUGGGGAACCACGCAAGUUAUAAUAGAUAUAGAUGACACGAUAAGAUCAAGUGGUGGAUAUAAAUUUUUCAAUUAUGCAUUAGGAGGAGUAGAUGCACAGUAUCAAAGAGGAGAAAUGUAUCCAGGUUCAUUUCAAUUCAUUUUCGAGCUAGCCAUGAAUAAAUUAUCCACAGAAUCCAAACCUCUCUUGUUAUCUGUAUUAACAGCAAGAAUACCCCAAGUACCAAUAACAGAAGAUUCUGUUUUAAAUAAAAAAUUUAAUGAAGUUGCAUUGAGAAGAGGAAUAAAAAGCUGGGGAAUUGAUUGUGAUAAUAAAAUUUUAUAUUCAACAUUGAAAGAAUGGGUAUGGAAUGAGACAAGAGGAGAAAAGAAAUUUUUUAAUUUUAAACAACUUCAUAAAUAUGUAGUACAGCAAAAUGCACUUGUAAGAUACAUAUGGAUUGGUGAUACAGGUGAUAUGGAUAAACAAGCAGGAGAAAUGAUGAUUCGCACAUAUCCACAAAGAAUGAAAGCUGUUUUUUUACAUCAUGUCAAAGGUAAAGAUGAUAAUACUUUAUUACCAAGUGAUUAUUUUAUCAAAUCAGUUCCCAUAUUUUUUUUUAGAACAUAUAUCGGUGCUGCAACCAAAGCACAUGCUUACAACUUAAUUGAUAAAAAAGGAUUAACCAGGGUUCUCGUACAAGCAGUUCUCGAUUUGGAAAAAAGUAAAGUUCCUGCUAGUUCCUCCAAAUGGGAAGAUUUAAUUAAAGACAUUAUUUUGAGCGAUGCCAUGGAUGAACUUGACAAGUACAAUGCUGAGACUGUCAACAGGACAAAGAAAAUUAUAGCUCAACGUAUGAAGGAAAUUUCCGAGCGCAAGCUGCACUUCAUUAGUUAG